AAAGCCGCGGAGGCGGCAGCCUCUAAAAAGUAAUGGGGCCCAAAGGGCCCAUACUUCAGAGUAAUCUGAACCACUCGGCCAGGGCGCAAGACCUAUUAUUGCACCACCUGGCCGAGUGGAAAGUAGGAUUGGCGGUGGCCGCGGAGCCGUACAGGGUCCCCGAUAGACACGACUGGUUCGGGGACGAGGUCGGCUCCGUGGCCGUGAUUGGCACCGCGUUUUCCCCGCCCCCAACACUAAUGGAACGGGGGCGGGGCUACGUAGCGGUGCAGUGGGGAGAAAUAGCGGUGGUGGGCAUGUAUUGUCCGCCCAGCCUAUCCCUCGCGUCAUUCGAAGAGUGCCUAGGCCGGGUGGGAGAUGUGAUCUCCCGUUGCUACCCCCGGCCGGCACUCGUUCUCGGGGAUUUUAACUCCCACGCAAAAUCGUGGGGGUCCCCGAGGACAGACGCGAGGGGUGAGGCGGUGCUCGACUGGGCGGCGGAAAAUGAGCUCCGGUUGCUGAACCGGGGCUCUGUUAGCACCUGCGUACGUGCACAGGGGGAGUCGAUAGUCGAUCUCUCUUUCGCGACUCCCUCGGCGGUGCGUAUGGUGCAGAGUUGGAGGGUGAUGGAGGAGGCGGAGUCGCUCAGCGACCACAGAUACAUCCGCCUCGAAUUUCACUCCACCACCAACCGCCGCCCGGCGAGUGGCCUGCCACCGCUGAGAUGGGCGCUGAAGAGGCUGGAUAGGGACGCGCUGAUGGCCGCAGCCCUCGCUGUGACCUGGCCGGAGCAACCGGCCGGGCCGGUCGCGGAUAUCGGGGAGGAAGUGGAGUGGUUCCGGGGCACGAUGAAAGCAAUAUGCGAUGUUGCUAUGCCCCGGGCCAAAUGCCUCCCCAGACGGGCCGCCUAUUGGUGGUCGGGCGAAAUCGCCGACAUCUGGCGUAACUGUAACGUCGCCCGACCGCCGGUGGCAAAGAGCCCGUCGGAGAAGGAACCGCGACCCAGCGAGGGAGGAAACGCUGUACGGGUGCUACAGGGUGCUAGUGGUAACCCUGCAGCAGGCCAUCGGAGAGGCCAAAUCCCGGGCGUGGCAAGAGCUCCUCGGCUCUCUGGAGAAGGAUCCGUGGGGGCGCCCUUACAGAUGGGCCAUGAGUAA